GUAUAUACAACCCUGUGCAGGCCAAGGACAGCGACGAUGACGAUGAUGUCACUGUCACCGUGGACCGAGACCGUUUCAUGGAUGAGUUCUUCGAGCAGGUGGAGGAGAUCCGAGGCUUCAUUGACAAGAUCGCAGAGAACGUGGAGGAGGUGAAGCGCAAGCACAGCGCCAUCCUGGCCUCCCCCAACCCAGAUGAGAAGACCAAGGAGGAGCUGGAAGAACUCAUGUCAGACAUAAAGAAGACGGCUAACAAAGUUCGUUCCAAGUUAAAGAGCAUCGAGCAGAGCAUCGAGCAGGAGGAAGGCCUGAACCGCUCCUCUGCAGACCUGCGGAUCCGAAAGACCCAGCACUCCACGCUGUCCCGGAAGUUUGUAGAGGUCAUGUCGGAGUACAACGCGACGCAGUCCGACUACCGGGAGCGCUGCAAGGGCCGCAUCCAGAGGCAGCUGGAGAUCACUGGCAGGACCACAACUAGCGAAGAAUUGGAGGACAUGCUGGAAAGCGGAAACCCUGCCAUCUUUGCUUCCGGGAUCAUCAUGGACUCCAGCAUCUCAAAGCAGGCUCUGAGUGAGAUCGAGACCAGACAUAGUGAGAUCAUCAAGCUGGAGAAUAGCAUCCGUGAGCUCCACGACAUGUUCAUGGACAUGGCCAUGCUGGUUGAGAGCCAGGGGGAGAUGAUUGACAGGAUCGAGUACAACGUGGAGCACGCGGUGGACUAUGUGGAGCGGGCUGUGUCUGACACCAAGAAGGCCGUCAAGUACCAGAGCAAGGCACGCCGGAAGAAAAUCAUGAUCAUCAUCUGCUGUGUGAUCCUGGGCAUUGUCAUCGCUUCUACCAUCGGAGGCAUCUUUGGAUAGAGCCCGGCCUGCCACUCCUGUCCAAUGGCCACCCUGUGGAGGCCCCUGGCUGCGCUGCCCUCCCCACCCCUUCUGGCUCGGACACCCUCACUCUCACCUGCCCUGCUCCUCUCCCAGGGGCCCCAUUCCCAGCCUGCCCGAGCCGUGUCGUGUGCAUGAUCUGUGACAGUGUGUGUCUGUACAGAGGUGGAAGGGAGCAGGGCUGGGGCUCCACCCUUCCCUGGGGUCCAGGCUCCUGCCGGACCCAGCUGUGUCCCCACUUGCCCUGUCUAUCCACCCUGUCCCCUGGCCACUCCAGCUGCUUCCCCAGUGCCGAGCCCCAAAGGGUGGGGAAUAGCUGGCCACAUGGUGCUGCUUUUCAGGUUGGGGACAGGUGGCCCUGGGGGACAACCCAGCACUCAGCCUCUAUUUGCUGACCACUGCCAGGAGGCUCCCUACCCUACCCUACCCACGCAAAGCCAGUGGGUCCUGCCUCAGUCUCCCUCCCCGCAUCUGAAGCCCCAGGAAGUCCGCUCCGGGCUGCUGCCUGUGCUUGGAGCUGGAGGCGGAGUAGCUGCUGUCCCCAACAGGCCUGUCAGGUUCGAAAGCCAGUGUUGCAUGUUCGGGACAGUGGUCCCCUCUCUGGGAAGUCAUGUGUCACUCAGGCCUGCAGUCUCAUCCCGCCCUACUGCCCCCAGCAAUGUGCCACGUGGUGUCAGGUGUCUCCGAUGCAGUAUUCAGCAGCCAGCCUUCCCAGGGCACCCUCGGACAGGCCCCGCCCAAGCCCCCUCGCGAACAGGCAGGAGGUGCAUGCAGGUGCAUGCGGCAGGGGGUGGGGCCAUGUCCAAGCCCCUCCCCCACUUGGCUUCGCUCCUGCCCAGUGACUGACCACUGUCCUUGCUGCCUUCCCCCUCCACCCCUCACCAAAGGUCUUGGUACAACCAGCUGCCCAUUUUGUGAACUUUUUAUGUAGAAUAAACA